CUUGUGUUGUUUUUUGUUUCAUUCUUUGCUGGACGAUGUUCCCGGCGGCCGCCCGGCGCUGGACGGGGCCGGGGGCGGGUUUCUGGACGGCCUUGUGAAGCGGUCUCUCUGGGAGGGACGGCAGGAGACGGGAUGGAUGAUCGGAAACCGCCCAGCCAGGCCAAAGACUGUGAGGUGCCAGCCGACGGGGUUGCAUCUUUGGAAGAGCGGGGUGGCGUGGAAGGAGACCCCCUGAAGCCGCCGGAAGGGGCCCCCACUGCCCAGGAGCCGGAAGCCAAGGAGCCGCCCCAGGCCUGCAGCGCCCUGCCCAGGCGUUGCGCCCUCUGCAACUGCGGCGAGUGGCGCCUGCAUGGGCAGGGGAAGCUCCAGCGUUUCGAGCCGGCGCCCGACUGGACUGAGCGUCUCUCCGGGCUGCCGGCCGGGAGGGGUCCUGGCGAGAGUCUGGCCCCUGGGGACGACCUGUCCCUGAUCGGCUUCGCGGAGGGGGUGUCGCCAGGAGAGCUCUUCGAGCCAACAGGGCACUGCUGGGCCCACCACUGGUGUGCUGCCUGGUCGGCGGGGGUGCAGCGGCAGGCCGGAGCCGGGCUGAGCGACGUGGACAAAGCUGUUUUCUCAGGGAUCUCGCAGAAAUGUGAACACUGUCAGAGGAUGGGUGCUACCAUUCAGUGCCACUCGGAGGGGUGUCUGCGGCACUACCACUUCCCGUGCGCGGCGGCCAGCGGCUCCUUCCAGUCCAUGAAAACCCUCUGGCUCCUGUGCCCGGAGCACGUGACCGAGGCAGUGCAGAUGGAGGACUCGCGAUGCAUGGUUUGCGACGGGCCGGGGGACCUGCGCGACCUGCUCUUCUGCACCAGCUGCGGGCUGCACUACCACGGCACCUGCCUGGACGUCCCCGUCACGCCACGCAAGCGCUCUGGCUGGCAGUGUCCCGAGUGCAAAGUCUGCCAAACAUGCAGACAGCCCGGCGCGGACUCCAUGAUGCUGGUGUGUGAGGCCUGUGACAAGGGCUACCACACGUUCUGCUUGAAGCCGGCCAUCGAGAGCCUUCCCACGGACUCCUGGAAGUGCAAGAACUGCCGGGUGUGCUCUGACUGUGGGUCACGGCCAGCGGCGCUCGACCCCGGGUGCCACUGGUAUGAGAACUACUCGGUGUGUGAAGGGUGUCAGCGGCACCGGAAUGCGGCGGGAGGCACCGAUGCCGCGCGGCGCUGCCAGAGCUGCCAGAAGCCCUUGCCCCCGGAUGGCAGCGACAUGGCAGGGGGUUCCACCUGCCUGGCGUGUCAAGGGCAGCAGAAGCACCCGCAGCCGGACGGGGCCGUGCCCCAGGAAGAGAUGCCUGCGGAGUGUGAAGCCAAACCACUAGGUCCCGCUCCAGAGGCAGAGGAGCUGGAAGAGGAGCCAGGCCCGGCAGCACCUGCCAAGGACGAGGCAACAGAGCCGAUACCCCCCGAGACGGCCCCUGAACCACCAGCCCCGCCCCCAGCCCCCCCAGACCCCCCCGUUGCCACAUCGCCCGCCUGCCCCGAGGAGCGGCCACCGGAUGCCAAAGAGGAACCGGCCCCCGAGCAGCCAGCGGGGCCCCCUGCCAUCACUGCGGCCCUGCUGGAGCCUGCGGGCAGCCCCCAGCCCCCCAUGGAGAAGGCACCUGCUGCCGCCUCCCCACCCCGGACAGAGACGCCCCCCGCAGCUCCCCUGCCGGGCUCCCCUGCUCCCCAGCUGGGCCCCCCGCAGCCCAGGGAAGCGAUGGAGUGUGGGGAGGAGGAGGGGAUGGACACGGCAGGGGGCGAGGCGGGGUCCCUGGCCAGCCCUGCGGAGGAUGGCGCCCAGCCCACCCCAGCUGUGGCCCUGGGGCCGUUCCCAGGCUUGGCGGGGGAGGAAGAGGAGGAGACUGCUGCUGGGCUGGAGCAGGCAGGGGCCGGGGGGAGGGGCUCUCCCCCACUGAGUGAGGACGGGCUGGAGGAGAGCCGGGGCCGGGGGGACCCUGAGUCCAGCCAGACCCCGGUCAGCUUCACCAGCGAGCCUAAGGGGUCCCCCAUGCUGCUGGAGCCCGAGGAGCUGGGCCCAGCCACCCCAAUGGAGGUGUAUGGGACGGGCGGGAAGCUGCUGGAGCGUGGGGACGAAGUGGGCCCCGAGCCCCCCAUCCUGCGGCCCCGUCCCACCCUCAUCAAAUCAGACAUCGUCAACGAGAUCUCCAACCUGAGCCAGGGCGACACCAGGAGCAGCUUCCCCGGCUCGGAGCCCCUGCUGGGCUCUCCGGACCCCGAGGGCGGGGGCUCGCUCUCCAUGGAGCUGGGCAUGACCUCCACUGACAGCCUGCAGAAGGACGACGCCGGCUCCCUGCCCCACUGCACCGACUCGCUGGCUGAGACGGACGACUCGCUGCUCUUCGAGCCAGGCGCUGGGGCCAAGGGCGAGGGGGAGAAGGGGCGUCGGCGCAGCUCGCCGGGGCGCUCCCGCGUCAAACAGGGUCGCAGCAGCAGCUUCCCGGGGAGGAGGCGCCCCCGAGGCGGGACCCAGGGGGGCCGGGGCCGGGGCCGAGCUCGGCUGAAGUCGACCACCUCGUCCAUUGAGACCCUCGCGCUAGCGGAUAUCGACAGCUCCCCCAGCAAGGAGGAUGACGAGGAGGAGGAUGACACCAUGCAGAACACCGUGGUGCUUUUCUCCAACACGGACAAGUUCGUCCUCAUGCAGGACAUGUGCGUGGUGUGCGGCAGCUUCGGGCGCGGGGCUGAGGGGCACCUGCUGGCCUGUUCCCAGUGCUCCCAGUGCUACCACCCCUACUGCGUCAACAGCAAGAUCACCAAGGUGAUGCUGCUGAAGGGCUGGCGCUGCGUGGAGUGCAUCGUCUGCGAGGUGUGCGGAAAGGCCUCGGACCCCUCGCGCCUGUUGCUUUGCGACGACUGCGACAUCAGCUACCACACCUACUGCCUGGACCCGCCGCUGCACACGGUGCCCAAGGGCGGCUGGAAGUGCAAGUGGUGCGUGUGCUGCGUGCAGUGCGGGGCGGGUUCCCCUGGAUUCCACUGUGAGUGGCAGAACAACUACACGCACUGCGCCCCCUGCGCCAGCCUUGUCACCUGCCCCGUCUGCCGGGUGAAGUACGUGGAGGACGACCUGCUCAUCCAGUGCAGGCACUGCGACCGGUGGCUCCAUGCUGUGUGCAACAAUCUCUUCACGGAGGAGGAGGUGGAACAGGCAGCAGACGAGGGCUUCGACUGCAGCUCCUGCCAGCCCUACGUGGUCAAGCCAGUCGUUCCAGUCGCCCCCCCAGAGAUUAUCCCAGUGAAGAUCAAGGAGCCGGAGCCCCAGUAUUUCCGCUUCGAAGGCGUGUGGCUGACGGAGACGGGCAUGGCCGUGCUGCGCAACCUGUCCAUGUCCCCCCUGCACAAGCGCAGGCAGCGCAAGACCCGGCUGGGCACCCUGAAUGGGGAGGGGGGCCUGGAGGGGGGUGACCCUCUGGGCACGGACGAGAAGAAGGACGGGGAUCUGGACGGGGACGACCUGCUGAAGGGUGAAGUGGGCGUGGAGCACAUGGAGUGUGAGAUCAAGCUGGAAGCUGCCGCCAGCCCCGACCGGGACGGAGGGGCCGACGUGGACUCGGGGAAGGGGCUGGAGGAUUCGGAGGAGUGCAAGAAGAGGAAGCGGAAGCCCUACCGCCCCGGGAUCGGUGGGUUCAUGGUGCGGCAGCGGAAGUCCCAUACGCGGCUGAAGAAGGGCUCGGCAGCACUGGUGGAGGCAUGUCGCGAGGUGCUGAGCGCCGAGGGGCACCCGGAGGACGGGGCGCCGGCGGAGAUCCCAGCGGAGGGCGCCACGGAGCAGGGCGCCACGGAGGGGGACGAGAAGAAGAAACGCCGAGGCAGGAAGAAGAGCAAGUUGGAGGAUAUGUUCCCUGCCUACCUCCAGGAAGCGUUCUUCGGGAAGGCGCUCAUGGACCUGAGCCGGAAGGCCCUGCUGGCCGCAGGGGGUGUGGGGGAUGGAGCUGCCUGCCCCCCCUUUGGCCAGGGUGCUCCCAGACCCAGGGUGGACCCUGGGGUGCCCGGAACACUCCAGAGGGUGCCUGGAGAUGGGAAGGAGACCCCUGCCCAUCUGAAAGGGGACGACAGCAUGGACAGCAGCGCCCUGGUGGCCCAAGAGGAGGACCCGAAAGGGGCGGAAGCGAAGGCUGAGGACCCAGGGGCAGAGGAGCCAAAAGGUUCUCCGGAUCCUGGGGACAGUGAGAAGCCGGCGACGCCCGGCGAGGGUGCCCUGAGCUCCGACCUUGACAAGAUCCCCACAGAAGAAUUGCCCAAGAUGGAGAGCAAAGACAUCCAGCAGCUCUUCAAGGAUGUGCUGGGCUCUGCCGAGCGGGAGCAGCAACUGAACUGCGUGGCGGCAGGGAUGGAGGCCGGCAUGGGAGGGCGAGACCCCAACCGAGCGCAGCUCUCCCAGAGGCCCUUCCUGCAAGGGAGUGUUUCUCUGGGCUCGCUCUCCUCCGCUGUCCCCAUGGAGUCCUACUCAGGAGUCUGCCAGUCCCCGUUCCUCGAUAACAGGGAGAGAAGCGGCUUCUUCAGCCCAGACCACUGCGAGCCCGAGAGCCCCUGGGCCAGCAGCUCGGCUGCCACCACCCCCUCCACGCCCACCACCCCGACCACGGAGGGUGAGGGGGAUGGGCUCUCCUACAACCAGCGGAGCCUACAGCGCUGGGAGAAGGACGAGGAGCUGGGCGAACUGUCCACCAUCUCACCCGUCCUCUAUGCCAACAUGAACUUCCCCAGCCUCAAGCAGGAUUACCCAGACUGGUCCAGCCGCUGCAAACAGAUCAUGAAGCUCUGGAGAAAGGUCCCAGCCCCGGACAAAGCCCCCUACUUGCAAAAGGCCAAAGAUAACCGGGCGGCUCAUCGCAUCAACAAGGUGCAGAAGCAGGCCGAGAGCCAGAUCAACAAGCAGACCAAAGGGGAGGUGCUGCGCAAGCCUGAGAGACCCUCACUGCACCUGAGGAUCCCGCCCCAGCCGGGGGCGCUGCCGGGUGCUGCGGGGCAGCCCGUCUACAUCAACAGCCCGGUGGCCCUGCCCGGCUCCGCAGACGGGUUCCUGAAGUCCCCUGCUGGCGCCGAAGCAGCAGCUGAGUCCAGCGAGGUCUUCCUCAAGCUUCCUUCCCAGUCCCCAGCCCAAGUGCCUUCGCACGACCCCUACAGCUACCCGCUGGAGCCCCGCUUCCCCUCGCCCCUGGGUCAGAGCCCCACAGCCGGAGCUGCCUUCCAGCCCUUCCCCACACAACAGCAGCAGCUCCUGCCCACUCCCCGGCCGGCCCUGGGCCCCCAGCCUCCAGAGUUCCACCCCACCUCCCCCGGGACUCCCCGGCACCAGCCCUCCACCCCAGACCCCUUCCUGAAACCACGCUGCCUCAGUGGCUCUCUGGACAACCUGUCAGUGCCAGGGAGCCCCGGGGCCAGGCCCCCCGAGCCCCUGCUCUCGCCCCCUCCCUUUGGGGAGCAGAAGAGGAGCCUGGAGGCUGGGGGGCUGCAGGUGAAGAAGGAGGAAGGGGGCCCGGGAGUGUGUUCUCCUGGCUACAUGGCCGCCAUGGGCUACGCCGACUCCCCGUCCCACCUCUCCUCCGCCGAGCUGAAGGCAGCCGACGUGUUCAAAGCCCCCCUGACCCCACGGGUCUCUCAGGUAGAGCCACAGAGCCCAGGGCUGGCGCAUCCCCACCCCCAGGCUCUGGCCCCCUCACCUCCCAGCCACCCCGACCUCUACAGGCAGUCGCCCUCCGUGUCCUGCUACUCGGACCCCUAUGCCCAGCCUCCCCUGACGCCCCGGCCACAGCCCCCCGACAGCUGCUGCGCCCUGCCCCCCAGGUCCUUGCCUUCCGACCCCUUCUCCCGCGUCCCCGCCAGCCCGCAGUCCCAGUCUAGCUCCCAGUCCCCUCUUACCCCCCGGCCGCUCUCCAAUGAGGCUUGCUGCCAGUCACCCGUCACCCCUCGCUUCCAGUCACCCGACCCCUACUCCAGACCCCCCUCGCGCCCCCAGUCCCGGGACCCUUUUGCCCCCCUGCACAAGCCCCCACGGCCCCAAAUGCCCGACUCCGGCUUCAAAUCGAUCCCAAUCUCCCACAAUCCCCCAGCUGGCGGUGGCUUCCCUCCGGCCCAGCCCAGUGACCCUCACUCCAAGGGGCCGGGGAGCCAGCAGCCCCCCUUCGCCCGCUCCCCUGGAGCCAGCGUCUUCGCUGGCACCCAGGCCCAGAUGCGGUUCACCUUCCCCUCAGCUGUCUCGGAGCCCCUCAAGGGUUCCCCCUCCCACCAACCCCACGGGAUGAACAGCCAUUUUGCCUCUAGCCAGCCCAUGGGCAAGCCCCAAAGCGCCAACUAUGCCUCCUCGCCCGGCUUCCACCAGGCCGGUAGCCCCCUGGGGCCUGGCAACUGCCCUGCUGAGACCUACAGCCUCUCUCCCCUGCGGCCCCCCUCGGUGCUGCCGCAGCAGCCCCCCCACCCCCAGCAGCAGCAGGACGGCUCCCUGACCUACCUGCCCCGAGCCGGGAUGGCACCGCCAGCUGACAAGCGGGACGAGGUGGUGUCGGGGAUCUCUGCUCUCCCCAGCCGGGAGCUGCCCGAACUGCCAGUCAGCCAGGAGGGCGCCGUCAGCAGCAUCAGCCAGUCGGAGCUGGAGAAGCAGAGGCAGCGCCAGAGACUCCGCGAGCUCCUCAUCCGCCAGCAAAUCCAGAGGAACAAUCUGCGGCAGGAGAAGGAGAGCGCGGCCGCCGCCACCAGCUCCUCCCCGGCAGCGUGGAGUGCCGAAGCCAGCAGCCAGGCCUUCGAGCAGCUCCGGGGCCUGGCACCCUACCAGCCAGCACAGGACAAGAGCGCCCUUGGGAAUCUGCCCGCAGCCCCCGGCAGCAGCAAACUCUCCGGGCCAGCCAUGGUGCCCGCGGCCUUCGCACCGGACGAACGGCUUUCCCGCCCGCCUCCCGCUGCCACACCCUCCGCCAUGGACCUCAAUGGCAGGCCGUCGGUGGGAGCCCCCCAGACCUUCUUCCCACGUGGCAUGUUCCAGGGGCCCUCACCACAGCAGCAACAGAUGUGGCAGCAGCAGCAGGCGGCGGCCGUGCGGCUCCCCGGCCCCGCCCGCUUCCAGCAGCCGCCUGGCCAUGAGCUCAGCCGGCCGGCGCUGGGGGGCCUGGCUGGGCGCAUGACGGGCCCUGCCGAGCAGAUCCCGUCCUCGCCCGGCGCCGUGGGGGCCCAAUUCAUUGAGCUGCGGCACAACGCCCAGAAGGGGGCAGCCGGGGGCAUGGGCUCCCCCUUUGCCCAGCAGGGCCCCCCAGCCAGACCACGCUUCUUCCUGCCCGGCGACGAGAGCUCCAGCCAGGCCCUGCGUGCCUCCGUCAUGCCUCUGCCAGCCCCAGUCCUGCAGCCCCAGAAGCUGCCGGCCCCUCUGCCGCCCUCCGCUACUUCCCCGCAGGGGGCUGAGCGGAGCCACCAGCCUCCCCCCAAAAGCGGCCCUCCGGUGCCCCCGCCUCCCAGCGGCCUGGAACUGCAGCAUGGCCCACCCCGCCCUCUGUCAUCCUCCGGCUCCGGCCUGCGUCCCGAUGGCCCCAAGGACAGCCCCGCCAUGGAGCCCCCGCUGGCUCCGGUCCCGGCUCCAGUUCCCAGCAAGAGCCACUUGGCGCUGGAGGGUGGGCGGCUCCCGUGCGAGGUGCCGGUGGAGCCUGACCUGGACGACGACUUCGACUCCCACAAGGACCUGGAGGACGACGACCUGGCCAACCUGAGCCUGGACCCGGACGUGGCCAAGGGGGACGACGACCUGGGCAACCUGGACAACCUGGAGACCAACGACCCCCACCUGGACGAUCUGCUGAACGGCGAUGAGUUCGACCUGCUGGCCUACACCGACCCCGAACUGGACACAGGCGACAAGAAGGACAUCUUCAACGAGCACCUGCGCCUGGUGGAGUCAGCCAACGAGAAGGCCGAGCGCGAGGCCCUGCUCAAGAGGGAGCCGGCUGGGCCCUGCCCCAAGGGCCCCGGGGAGCCCAAGGAGCUGGCACCCCCCAGGGAGGGGCUGCCGCCCACCCCCUGCCCCUCCAGCACGGCACCGGCUCCCCACCCAACCUUCAAGGCCCAGGCCAGCAUCCUGGAAGCCAAGCCGGCCUCCCUGCCGUCCAGCAUCCAGCCCAAGCUGGAGGAAGGCUGCCUGAAGACAUCCCCCUGUCAGUUCAACACUGGCGCCUCUGACCGCCUCCCAGUCCCCGUCAAGUCAGAGGCCCUCCAGGGGGCCGAGAAAAUGGCUGCCUCCCUAGGCCUGACCCUCAAGUCUGGCCAGAACCUGCUGAGUGCUGGAGCGGGGCCCGUGCGGCUCGGCACAGCCCCCUUCCCUAACAACGGCCAAGCUGCCACCUCGGGCUCAGACAAGGGCCCCUACGCCGCCCCGGGGCGCGGGCUGGCACCCGGCCAGAGCCCUGCCCUGCUGGAGCUGGGUGGAGGGGCCUUGGGCCUGGCCAACGCCCAGCACUCGCAGGCUGACGACCUGGAGAAGAUGGAGAGCUCCCUGGUGGCCAGCGAGCUGCCCCUGCUCAUCGAGGACCUGCUGGAGCACGAGAAGAAGGAGCUGCAGAAGAAGCAGCAGAUGUCGGCCCACCUGCCGGGGGGUGCCCAGCACCUCCAGACUGUGCAGCAGCAGCACUCCGUACUGGCUCACCCUGCAGGGCCGGCCCAGCCCCCAGACGGGCAGGCUCCCCGCCUGGUGGGGCCCCAGCAACAGCUGCAGCUGGGCCUCAUCGCCAGGCAGCAGAACCUGGUGCCCACCCAACAGCUAAUGACUCAGCAGCAGCGGGUGGUGGGACCCCAGCAGGGCCAGGUGCUGGCCCCACACAUGGCGAUGGCGCAGCCCCAGCCCCACGUCCUCGCGGCCCAGCACGGCGUCCAGCCGGCGCUGACCCCACAGCCGAACCAGCAGCUGGUGCAGAAGAUACCUGGGGUGCAGCCGACCCCCAUGGGCAUGAAACCCCAGCAGCUCGUCAUGCAGCAGCAACAGCAGCAAUUGGCCAACAGCUUCUUCCCCGACACAGACCUGGAUAAGUUUGCGGCCGAGGACAUCAUGGACCCCAUCGCCAAGGCGAAGAUGGUGGCACUGAAGGGCAUCAAGAAGGUGAUGGCUCAGGGAAGCAUUGGGGUGGCCCCUGGGAUGAACAGGCAACAGGUGUCCCUGCUGGCUCAGCGGCUCUCGGGGGCCACGGCCGCGGCCGAAAUGCAGAACCACGUCCCAGCUGGGAGCGGACAGGAGCGAAGUGGCAGCGACCCAUCUCAGACCCGCCCCAACCCACCCACCUUCGCUCAGGGCAUCAUCAACGAGGCCGACCAGCGGCAGUACGAGGAGUGGCUCUUCCACACCCAGCAGCUCCUGCAGAUGCAGCUGAAGGUGCUGGAGGAGCAGAUCGGCGUGCACCGCAAGUCCCGCAAGGCCCUGUGCGCCAAGCAGCGCACGGCCAAGAAGGCCGGUCGCGAGUUCCCCGAGGCCGACGCCGAGAAGCUCAAGCUGGUGACGGAGCAGCAGAGCAAGAUCCAGAAGCAGCUGGACCAGGUGUCGCAGCAGCAGCAAAGCAUGCUGGGACAGGUGUCGCAACAGCAGCAAAGCAUGCUGGGACAGGUGUCGCAGCCCCCUGCUCCCCAGCAGGGCAGUGGGGGGCAGCCCAUGGUUCCGAAGCAGCAGGGGAUCCUGGUCCAGCCGCUCUCGCCGCAGCCGGGGAUGAUGGGGCACUCCCAGGUGUCCAUGCUGCAGCAUCAGGGCGUCGCGGGCCACCAGACCCCCCCGAGGCAGGUGCUGUUAGCCCCCCACCAGCAGAGGGUGCUGGGCUCGCCGCAGCUGGUGCAGCAAACUCACGGCCUCAUGGGCCACCGGCUGAUUUUAUCGCCAGCGCAGCAGCAGCAGGCGGGACUUCUGGGCCAGUCACGGACGUUGCUGACCCAGCAGCAGCAGCAGAGCUCUCUAGCACAGCAUCCGGCCCUGCUGGGGCAGGGGCAGGGGCAGGCCGCCCAGCCGGGCCUCCUGGGGCAGGGGCAAGGGCAGGGGCAGGCCGCCCAGCAGCAGAUCCAGCACUUUCCACAGCAUGGGGCCCUGGGCCAGUCCCCCUCCAUGCUGCACUUGAGUCAGGGAGCUCAGCCAGCCCCGCAGGGCACGGCCGCCAAGGAGCAGCAGGGAGGGGCAGAGAGCGCUGUGCUGCCCCCAGAGGGUGCCGAGGGCAGGGGGCAGCAUCCGGUUCAGCUGUCGGCCGCUGUGGGUGGGCCGGGCAGCCAGGACCUCGGGGGGCAGCCGCACAUGGGCCCUCAGGAGCAGCCGGGCAUUCAGAACCUCAAUCCCCUGGCACUGCCCAGCCAGGAGCAGCUGGUGCCCCCGGGCGGAGAGCAGCAGCCGCAGAAACACCAGCCCGAGCCGGGGCAGCAGCAGCAGCCCCGCUCGCUGCCCUCCCCGCAGCAGACCAUGGCGAGCUCCCUGCAGCGAAUGCAGGGGGGCCUGCAGCAAGGCAACCUGCUUCAUCCACCGCUGCAGAACAGCGCGGGGCUGGCGCAGCUGGGGGGCACCAUGAGGCCAGAGCAGCCGCACUCGGACCCUGCCCAGGGGCCUCGCUUGCUGGCCCCGCCGAGCUCAGGGGCAGAACCGCAACAGCAGCCCGGGAGCAUGACGAGCCAGGGGCAAAGCAUCAUGGUCCAGCUGCCGCCGCCGCAAAGGAUUGUGGGCCAGCCGCCAGCACAAAGCGUAGACCAGCAAGCGAAAGGGCUGGCGGGCCAGCGGCUGCCGAGCCCAGCGGGGCAGCACAAGGCCGGGCUGGUGGGGCAGCCGCAGCAGAGCAUGCUGGUCCCGCAGGUGUCCCAUGCACAGAGCAUCCUGAGCCAGGUGUCCGCUCCCGUGAUGGGCCAAAUCCGAGCGCAGCUGCAAGGCGUCAUCUCCAAAAACCCGCAGCUGCGGCACCUCACCCCGCAGCAGCAGCAGCAGCUCCAGGCCUUCCUGGUGCAACGCCACCAGCAGACCCUGCUGCAUCAGAGCCAGGCGCUGAGACAGGCCAGCCCCUUCCCGGGGCAGGCCCAGGCAUCCGUCGAGCAGGGGCCGCCCCCGCCCUCAGCCCUGCAGGCCUCCAUGGUGCGCCAGCAACCGAGGCAGCCGGGGACAGUGUUCCAGGUCCGGCCAGCCGGCCCCUCCGUUGCUGCCGAGCAGAUGCAGCCAGGGUUUGUCAUGGAGCAGGCGUCCGCCGGCCAGCAGAGAGUGCCGCUGAGUGCCCCCCAGCAGCCGCUGGCGGAGCUGGUGCACACGGCGCUGGCGGGACGGAGUCCCCAGCAGGGGGUGCUCAGACUCUCUGCCCCACCAGCAGCUGCCCCGGUCCAGCCGCCCAUGAGCAUGGUGAGCCUGGGCUCUGUGCAGCAGCACCCCCGCCCCAGCCGGGAACAGAGCCCCCAAGAGCCAAAGGAAGCCUCCCCGCCCACCCUGGUCAGGCCGCCUAGUGUGGCACAGAGCCCCGGGGCACAGCCCGAGCACAGGCUGACGCCCACCCAGAACAGCCUCCUGGCGGAGCCGGUGCCCACGGUCCCAAAGCUUCCCCCCAGCCAAACAGGGGAGGAGUCCUUUGCCAGGACCCCUGGCCACUGGGAGCCGGCAGCACAGGGUCCCCACUCCUCUCCCAGCAUGGAGCCCACGGAUGGAUCGAGAAAGCCACCGGCCGGGAGUCAAGUCAACGGGCAGGGGGUAGAAAGGCCAGGCCCACAGGCCUCUCCCCUGCCAGCCCAGGCCCCCGGGGUCUGCAUCAAGCAGGAGCCCAAGGAGGAGACGGCGCAGUGCGUGCUGGGCGGGGGCCAGGCUGUGAAACGCGAGGCCAACGGGGAUCCGGCGCCCGCCCCGGCCAACAAUCUACUGAUGGGCAGCCAGCUGCUGGCGGGCGCCAGGUCUGAGGCCGGGCACCUGCUGCUGCAGAAGCUGCUGCGGGCCAAGAACGUGCAGCUGGCGUCGCAGCGCUCCGCCGAGGGGCUGCGCGCCGAGGUCAACGGGCACAGCGAGGGCAAGCUCUCGGGGCUGGAGCAGAGGCUGCAGGCAGCUCCCCCUGGCCGAGAGGAUCCCUCCGCCAGCAAGAAGCCUCCGGCCCCGAAGCCCAAACGGGCGCAGAAGAGCGGGGAGCGGGUGGCCGCCUCCCGCAAGAAGCUGCGCAAGGAGGAUGGGCUCAAAUCCAGCGAGGCCCUAAUGAAGCAGCUGAAGCAGGAGUUCUCCCUGCUGCCCCUGGUGGAACCCACCAUCACGGCCAACUUCAGCCUCUUCGCGCCCUUCGGCAGCAGCCCCAUCAACGGCAAGAACCAGCUCAAGGGGGCGUUCGGCAGCGCCGUGCUGGACAGCGUCCCCGACUACUACACCCAGCUGCUCACCAAGAACAACCUGAGCAACCCGCCCACCCCGCCCUCCUCGCUGCCCCCCACCCCACCCCCCUCCGUGCAGCAGAAGAUGGUGAACGGCGUCACCUCCUCGGAGGAGCUGGCCGAGCAGCCCAAGGAGCCGGACCAGGCCCGGGAAGCCGAAGGCCGGAAGGACGCGCCAGCCGUGGAGGUGAAGAGCCUGGACCUGCUGGCAGCCCUGCCCACGCCCCCGCACAACCAGACCGAGGACGUGAGGAUGGAGAGCGAUGAGGAGAGCGACUCCCCCGACAGCAUCGUUCCCGCCUCGUCCCCAGAGAGCGUCCUGGGCGAGGAGCCGCCCCGCUUCCCCCUGCUGGCCGAGGUGAAGCCGGAACUGCCGGAGCGGGUGCUGUCGCCCGUCAUCCCCAUCAUCCCCAGGGCCAGCAUCCCAGUGUUCCCUGACCCAAGGCCCCCCGAGGAGCACGGCGGGAAGGUGGCCCUGGCGCAGGGCGUCGCAUGGGAGAAGGGGAAAGGCAGCGAAGUCUCCGUCAUGCUGACCGUCUCGGCCACAGCUGCUAAGAACCUGAACGGCGUCAUGGUGGCCGUGGCCGAGCUGCUCCGCGUGAAGAUCCCCAGCUCCUACGAGGUGCUGUUCCCCGAGAGCCCGGUGCGGGGCUCCGGGCCUGAGGCCAAGAAGGUGGAGACGGACGGGGCUGGUGGGCUCGGCGGCAAGGCCAGGGCGGCACUGGCAGGGAAAGCCCCCGAUGCUGGCACCGAGUGGCUGAAGCAGUUUGAUGCCAUGCUGCCGGGGUACAGCCUCAAGAACGAGCUGGAUAUCCUGACACUGCUCAAACAGGAGAGCCCGGGCCUGGAGAAGGCCGUGCAGCACUGCUACGUGAACAACGUCUCCAACCUGGACGUGCGUCAGCUCUCCAUCCUGACCCAGGAGCCGUCCCCUCCCCUGUCCCCCCUUGUCCCCUCCCCUGCCAGCCCCGCCGACGGGGACAGGAUCCCAGAGGCACCCCCUGAGGUGGCCCCCGCGCCCCCCUCCCCGCCAGCCCUCUCCCCGCCCUCCAAGGAGGAGGCGGCGCGCUCGCCGCCCAAGCUCAAGCAGCGCUCGCGGCCCCCAGAGGAGGGAGAGGAGCCCCGGCCCCGGCUCAAGAAGUGGAAGGGGGUGCGGUGGAAGCGGCUCCGCUUCCUCAUCACCAUCCAGAAGGGCGGCGCCAAGCAGGACGGCGAGAAGGAGAUCUCCGAGUUCAUCGAGAAGCUGGGCACCACCCUGCGGCCCGAGAAGGUGCCCCGGGAUCUGCGCAAGUGCUGCUUCUGCCACGAGGAGGGGGAUGGUGCCACCGAUGGGCCCGCCCGCCUCCUCAACCUUGACCUGGACCUCUGGGUGCACCUGAACUGCGCCCUGUGGUCCAGUGAGGUGUACGAGACGCAGGGCGGGGCGCUGAUCAACGUGGAGGGGGCACUGCACCGUGGGCUGCUCACCAAGUGCUCCCUGUGCCAGAAGACGGGGGCCACCAACAGCUGCAACCGCAUCCGCUGCCCCAGCGUCUACCACUUCGCCUGCGCCAUCCGGGCCAAGUGCAUGUUCUUCAAGGACAAGACCAUGCUGUGCCCGCUGCACAAGCUCAAAGGCCCCUGCGACCAGGAGCUCAGCACCUUCACCGUCUUCCGGCGCGUCUACAUCGAGCGCGACGAGGUCAAGCAGAUCGCCAGCAUCAUCCAGCGCGGCGAGCGCCUCCACAUGUUCCGCGUGGGCGGCCUGCUCUUCCAUGCCAUCGGCCAGCUGCUGCCCCACCAGAUGGGCGACUUCCACAGCGUCACAGCCCUCUACCCCGUGGGCUUCGAGGCCACCCGCAUCUACUGGAGCCUGCGCACCAACAACCGCCGCUGCUGCUACCGCUGCACCAUCUGCGAGAACAACGGGCGCCCCGAGUUCGUGGUGCAGGUCAUCGAGCAGGGCCUGGAGGACCUGGUCUUCACCGACUCCUCGCCACAGGCCGUCUGGAACCGCAUCAUUGAGCCGGUGGCAGCCAUGAGGAAGGAGGCAGACAUGCUGCGGCUCUUCCCCGAGUACCUGAAGGGCGAGGAGCUCUUUGGCCUCACGGUGCACGCGGUGCUGCGCAUCGCCGAGUCCCUGCCUGGCGUGGAGAGCUGCCAGAACUACCUGUUCCGCUAUGGGCGCCACCCGCUGAUGGAGCUGCCGCUCAUGAUCAACCCCACCGGCUGCGCCCGCUCCGAGCCCAAGAUCCUCACCCACUACAAACGGCCCCACACCCUGAACAGCACCAGCAUGUCCAAGGCCUACCAGAGCACCUUCACGGGUGAGACCAACACGCCCUACAGCAAGCAGUUCGUGCACUCCAAGUCCUCGCAGUACCGCCGCCUCAAGACCGAGUGGAAGAACAACGUGUACCUGGCGCGCUCCCGCAUCCAGGGGCUGGGGCUCUACGCUGCCAAGGACCUGGAGAAGCACACCAUGGUCAUCGAGUACAUCGGCACCAUCAUCCGCAACGAGGUGGCCAACCGGCGCGAGAAGAUCUACGAGGAGCAGAACCGAGGAAUCUACAUGUUCCGCAUCAACAAUGAACACGUCAUCGACGCCACGUUGACGGGGGGCCCAGCCAGGUAUAUUAACCACUCGUGCGCCCCGAACUGUGUGGCUGAGGUCGUGACCUUCGACAAGGAAGAUAAGAUUAUCAUCAUCUCCAGCCGCCGGAUUCCCAAAGGGGAGGAGCUGACCUACGACUACCAGUUUGACUUUGAAGACGAUCAGCAUAAAAUCCCCUGCCACUGCGGAGCCUGGAACUGCAGGAAAUGGAUGAACUAGCCGCCACGGGGUCACCAGUCGCAGGCAGCCCCUGCCGCAAGGAGGCCUCUGCUGCGGGUUCUCCUCCCCCUUUGCCAUGCUGGGGGCGGGGGAAGCAGAGAUGGCGUAGGGGAAACGGCCCCAUCUGGAACCCAGGAAGUGAGGUUGGUGCAGGUGGGUCAGCUGAGGCCACUUUCGGUUCCAAAGGCGAGGUGGCUCCAGGGGGCACCGGUCCUCGCUCACACCCAUCGGAUGCUGUCCAACUAACUUCCACAGGGAGGGCGUAUUGAAAAGACCAGGGACCUCGGUUCUCUCCCUAGCCACUCCAGCCCUGCGCGCCUUGGCCCUGGGCCUCUGCUGGCAGGGCGCUGCUCUCCCCGAGUGGGUGGCCGCAGCGCCAUGAGUGGAACUGAUGAACUGGCAACUCAGGGUUUUCUUUGUUUUGCGAGGAGGGCAGGGCCUAUGGCACCAACAAAACCUGCUCUGUCCACCUUGCUCACUGUAAAUAACUGGACGGAUGCAGGGCGAUCGGGGUGCUCCAGCUCGGAGUCCGGGGCAGGGCAGCCGAGGUAUCGGACCCACGGGGAGCUCAGAUCCAGUCUGUUUGUUUAAAAAAAACAAAACAAAACAAAAAAAUGAAUAAUAUUUGCUCGCUAACUUACCAAGGUAACAAAGAGACUCCUUGAGCUUGACAAUCCCAAACCUCCCAGCCCGGCUCUCUGGAGACAGCCAGAGCUCGCUUGGGUUUUGGUUUAUUUCUUGUUCUGUCAACGAAAGCACCGUGAGCAUGUGAAGGAGGCACCAGCUGCUGGAGCAGAGCUGGGGAGAGCCGCGUGCAGAAAAGGGCUCCCCCCUCCCCCCCGAUGGACACAAGGAGCCUCUGCACCCAAACCUACCUCAUUUUAAGUGUUAGAUUCUGCUGUUUUCAAUGUGACCCUCCCUCCGAGCCUGACCACGCGCAACCUUCCUAGUUCCCAAUGAGAACUAGUGGCAGUGGGCGGAGCCUGGGGAGCCCAAGGAGUGGUAGUGGGCGGAGCCUGGGGCCAAGGGAGAUUGUAGCCUUGAGCUCUGACCUGGUUCUGCUUGGAAGGAGAGCCCAUAAAAUAUCCCAGGAUCCCCUCCCCCCACCUGUGGGCCCCGCCCGGUUGGGUGCACAGGAGUGUUCCUGGCGACUCCCCCACCCUGCACAAAGCUGGGCACCCUGCUGCCAGCCGAGGGGCAGGGCCCAGGAGAGGUGGGGGUUCGGGGCUUUAAUUAGAAUGUGCCAAGACCCUGGCCUUGCUUCCACCCACCUUCCCAGCACAGCACAGCGUGGCGGAGAGACCAGGCGUUUGGGUUUGGAGGAGCUGAGCUCCGGGGGGAGCCUCGCUUCAGGCUGAGUUUGCUGCUGCUGCUGCCAUACUCCUGAGUCUGGGGGUGGGGCAGGGGGCCCUGCCUGAGCCACUCUGCUCCCCCACUACCCAGCUCCCCUUUCACUACCAGAACUGCUGCUCUAGGCUGGCCUGAGGAGGCUGUCUGUGUCUGUAAUGUCGGCAUGGUAUGGGGGGUAUUUAUCUAUUUAUACCUUAGCUUGUAUAUAGUAGAACCUUGGGGGGUUCUCUCCUGUGCUCUGCUUGGCUGAGAUUUUGGACUGUGGGGGAGGGGAGAUCUGGG